AUGAGCGCUGGGGAUCCGGUGAGACGCGCGGCGGCGACGCGGGCGCGGGCGAAGUGCGGGAUGGGAGGGAGAGACGACGAGGCACGGGGGGCGGGCGGGACGCGCGAGGCGACGGCGGCGACGACGGGGCGGGGGAUCAGGACGCGGUAUCAAGGGGAUUGGUUGGACGUGGGAGGGAAAGAUGGGACGUGCGCGGUGGAGGAGUGCGUGGAGCGGUGGCGCGCGGCGCCGUUUGAGCCGUACGCGGGGAGAGGGAAGGAUUGCGCGUACGCGGUGUGCGCGGGGGAGACGACGAGCGAACGCGCGAGACGCGGCGCGGCGACGGUGAUGCGAGAGAUUUCUCGCGAGUACGCGGCGCUGGGGCUGGGGACGCACGCAUCGAUGGUCGAAGGCGACGACGCGGGCUUGUUCGACGGCGCCGAGGACGGUGCGAGCGCGUCGACGCUUUCGGCGUUGGAGCGGUAUUCGAGAACGUUGAGCGCGGCGGCGCAGCGCGCGGCUGAGCUCGGCGCGCUCGGUCCGCGAAUGUGCGUGAUUUACGUCGUCAUUCCCGACGAAGUCGAAGAUAUCGACGCCUUGACCGUGAUCGCGCUCGCAUCGCACGUCAUGAGCGCCGCGACGGCGUCGGUGGCGCGACGCUUCUUGUCCGUCUCCGUGCAAGCGAUUCCGUCGUCGUGGUGCGAAGACGCGUACUCUUGGUCAUCCACGAGCGUGCGAGCGAUGGCGUUCAACGUCUUCACUAAACUCACCAGACCUACGGUGACGCGGGGAUUGUCGCUCCCGAACGAUCAUCUCAACGAUGCCCCGCGAAGUUUUCGCACCUCCGAGACGACGGACGGGCGCGAGGGCGUCUCGGGCGCCGCCGUCGUCGGCAGGCGAACGCCGCACCCGUUGUUUAGGAUUCCAGAGACGUCGAGCGAGCGCAAUCUCCCACCGUUUCCCGCGUACGAGCCGCUAUACACGUUGACGCCCGAAAUCGACGACGACGACUCGCGUGUUCGUGGCUUGCACUGCGCGUACGUCGUGGCGGCGUCGCGAUGGAUCGUCGCCUCGUGGUCCGACUCACACGGCGAAUUCCUCACGCUCGAGGCCGAACCGUUCGCGGACGAGGCCGACUGCCUCGCGACUGGCUUGCGAUGGCUCAUAGAUCGAACGAGCGCACUCGCCGAGCAGUUGGCGUUCGCGUACGGCGCGAAAGCGAAUGAGCGAUUAAAGUUUCAGCGCGCGGCGAUUUGUCGCCUGGGUGCGCCGUCAUCGGCGGAGCGCGCGGCGCUGGAAACAGCGUGCAAAGCUGCGCCCGCACCGCUCGAUCGCGAUUUCUUGACGCGUCUGGAGAUGACAUGCUUUGAGCCCGACUCCGUGCCCGCGCGCAUCGCCGCCCUGGUGCCGACCACGGCGCGCGAUGUGUCAUUCGUCGCGGAGAGCGUCGAGGAGACCAAGACCGUCAAGACGUACGCGGCGCCGCCGUGUGCGCAGAAAUCAUUCCGCGUCGCAUUCAACACCAACGUAUCGAGCGCGCGCGUGCGAGCGCUCGACGCCACGACAGAUAUGAACACGCUGAAGCAUUUGGCCGCGCUAUACGCCACGCGUCUGUCGCAGCUCGGAAUGAUGUGCUUGAGCGAAAACAUCGCGGAUGAAUUUGGAAGCAUUCGCGCGCCGCUCCCGCUGCACGCCGAGGUGUGCGUGCGGUUCGCCAGCACGCUCCAGACGCUCGAGGCGAACGGGGAGCAGUAG